CAGGGCUAUAAAAGUGUAGCUGCGUGUCGUGGCAGAAUAAUUGAACUUGGGCACUCAGAAGAGGACCAAGCUACAACAGGUGAAAUAGAAGUUUCAGCUGCGCAAAGACGGCUACUAUGGAGCGCAAACCUGAGAUGUAUUACGAGACUGAGAGAAGGUGAAGAGAUACGAUAAAAUGAUAAGAAAUGAAAGCGGUCUGACGAACGGUUCUUCAGUGGCCCCCCACGACACUAACCUGAAUCGCCCUCCAUGGGUUGCGACAACUUUGGGAUGCUUUCUGAUUUUCACCAUUGUCGUUGAUAUUUUGGGCAACCUCUUGGUCAUUAUCUCCGUGUACAGAAACAAAAAACUCAGAAACGCAGGCAACGUGUUUGUGGUGAGCCUGGCUGUAGCAGACCUGGUGGUAGCCUUCUACCCAUACCCUCUGGUCCUCUCCUCCAUCUUCAACAACGGCUGGAACCUGGGCUUCAUUCACUGUCAGGUCAGCGGCUUCCUUAUGGGACUCAGCGUCAUCGGCUCCAUCUUCAAUAUCACCGGCAUCGCAAUCAACCGCUACUGCUACAUCUGUCACAGUCUUAAAUACCACAAGCUGUACAGUGACAAGAACUCCCUGUGUUAUGUCCUGCUCAUCUGGCUGUUGACUGUGGUGGCCCUGGUGCCCAACUUCUUUGUGGGCUCGCUGCAGUACGAUCCCAGGGUGUAUUCGUGUACGUUCGUCCAGUCGGCCAAUUCAGCGUACACCAUCGCCGUGGUCUUCUUCCACUUCAUCCUGCCCAUCAUGAUCGUCACCUACUGCUACCUGAGGAUCUGGAUCCUGGUCAUCCAGGUGAGGCGGAGGGUGAAGCCCGAGUUCAGGCCGAGGCUCACGCCGCAUGACGUGAGGAACUUUGUCACCAUGUUUGUGGUGUUCGUCCUGUUUGCUGUGUGCUGGGCACCGCUGAACUUCAUCGGACUGGCAGUGGCCGUCAACCCCGCCGCAGUAAUACCCAUGAUUCCAGAGUGGCUGUUCGUGUUCAGCUACUUCAUGGCCUACUUCAACAGCUGCCUUAAUGCCAUCGUCUAUGGACUGCUCAACCAGAACUUCCGGAGGGAGUACAAACGGAUAGUUGUCUCGCUUUGCACUGUGACGUUGUUGUUCCCUGACAGUUCCAACGACGCUGCGGAGAGAGUCAAGCCAUCCCCUUUAAUAAACAACAACAACCAAGUGAAAGUAGACUGCGUGUGAGAGGUCAUGAAGGGAGCACUGUGAACAAAGACAUACUAAAAACACAUCUCUACUGCUUCCAGACUGCAGGCUUAUUAAUGAUGUAUAAUGUACUGAACUGAAGCCAAUGACUCUAACAGCGUGUAUGCAGUUUUUAAACAGAUUCUAUUCAGUCAAGGUGCAUUACAGUAGCUGUAUGUUCCCCUCUGUCUAAUUGUUUACAAUAAUGAACUAUAGAUGUAUGUAUUUAUUUUAUAUUGACAAUGGAUAGUAUGGCAUCCUUUCACAGAAUAGAGCUGAAAGGGUUUCUUAUGUUAUGCAAUCUUUACCAGUCUACAGUACUUUAUGUGUAUCUGUAUGAGAAACAACAUAGUAAAGAUUGUUACUUCUGACUAUAACAUCCAAGUUGUAUUACAUACCGUAGGUUGCUGAUGUAAAGGAAAUUCAGAAGCUUGAAAAGCAAUAUGUUUGUUGUGAAGUGUUUCAUAUGCACUGGGAAAUGUGACACAAACGUGGUAACAUGCACAUUCCACAGAUGGGCUCGGCUCUCGUCAUGGCUAUAUGAAGAAAAACUCCAAAUAAACCAUUGCCAUAAGACCAAUCGUUUAAAUAGUGUUAACACAUUGUUUACAACAAAAGUGCUUGCUUGUAUAAUUUUAGAGUAGUGAAAUGUGACUAGUAUGUACUGAAAUAAAUAAGGAAGUAAAUAAUAUGGGUUUCAAGAAGUCAGGGCCAGAGGGAAUAUAAACUGUUAAAACUGACAACAACUGUCACUCUCCUUACUGUAACAAGUCAUAUACGUCUAUCUGAGGUGAUGUGCUGUAGAUCUGUGUGUAAAAGACAUUUAAAGUCCAAAUCAUAUAUUUUAUACUACACUAUCUAUACAUGUAUAAUAGCACUGUACAGUAUGUUUCAGUCUACAUCUAUAUACUGUGCUAUUUUUAAAACAGUAUGUAUUUAGUCUCAAAAUCUGAUGACAAAGAAUCCUAAGAUAAAGGGCAGCUUGAACAUCAUUGGCAUAUAAACACAUUAAGACUGAUAUCCAUAACUUCUGCAGUGCAGCAGAAAUGUUUGAUGCUUCAAAUACUGGACACAUUCCCAUACAUACAUGUUUUAUAUUGUGACUCGUACAUUUUGAUAAUAUACAAUCGUAGCCAAAAGUUUAUAGAAUGAGACAAAUAUUAAUUUCCACAAAGUUUUCUGCUUCAGUGUCAUUAGAUAUUUUUGUCAGAUGUUACUAUGGAUACUGAAGUAUAAUUACAAGCAUUUCAUAAGUGUCAAAGGGUUUUAUUGACAAUACAUGAAGUUGUGUCACGCCCUGACCUUAGAUAGCCUGAUGGCAGCCCAUUCUUGUUGUGUCACGCCCUGACCUUAGAUAGCCUGAUGGCAGCCCAUUCUUGUUGUGUCACGCCCUGACCUUAGAUAGCCUGAUGGCAGCCCAUUCUUGUUGUGUCACGCCCUGACCUUAGAUAGCCUGAUGGCAGCCCAUUCUUGUUGUGUCACACCCUGACCUUAGAUAGCCUGAUGGCAGCCCAUUCUUGUUGUGUCACGCCCUGACCUUAGAUAGCCUGAUGGCAACACAUUCUUGUUGUGUCACGCCCUGACCUUAGAUAGCCUGAUGGCAGCCCAUUCUUGUUGUGUCACGCCCUGACCUUAGAUAGCCUGAUGGCAGCCCAUUCUUGUUGUGUCACGCCCUGACCUUAGAUAGCCUGAUGGCAGCCCAUUCUUGUUGUGUCACGCCCUGACCUUAGAUAGCCUGAUGGCAGCACAUUCUUGUUGUGUCACACCCUGACCUUAGAUAGCCUGAUGGCAGCCCAUUCUUGUUGUGGGUUUGUGGGUUUUUGUUUGUCCACCUGCCUCUUGAGGAUUGACCACAAGUUCUCAAUGGGAUUAAGGUCUGGGGAGUUUCCUGGCCAUGGACCUAAAAUAUUGAUGUUUUGUUCCCCGAGCCACUUAGUCGUCACUUUUGCCUUAUGUCAAGGUGCUCCAUCAUGCUGGAAAAGGCAUUGUUUGUCGCCAAACUGUUCCUGGAUGGUUGGGAGAAGUUUCUCUCGGGAGGAUGUGUUGGUACCAUUCUUUAUUAAUAGCUUCAAUUCUUAGGCAAAAUUGUGAGUGAGCCCACUCCCUUGGCUGAGAAGCAACCCCAUACAUGAAUGGUCUCAGGAUGCUUUACUGUUGGCAUGACACAGGACUGAUGGUAGCGCUCACCUUGUCUUCUCCGGACAAGCUUUUUUCUGGAAGCCCCAAACGAUCGGAAAGGGGAUUCUGACUUUACCCCAGUUCUCAGCAGUCCAAUCCCUGUACCUUUUGCAGAAUAUCAGUCUGUCCCUGAUGUUUUUCCUGGAGAAGUGGC